CCUGCUGUGGCUGCUCAACUUUCUUUUUUUUCUCCUGAAAAUAUCCAGACACUCUCUUCUCCUAGACUGGGAAGCAGAACGCAGGCCCCCUGCUGCAAGAGGCUGACCUCAGAGCAGGGCCAGGGGCUAUGUCUCUCAUCUCAUGGCUUCGGUGGAACGAGGCCCCAUCCCGACUGUCCUCCAGGAGCCCUGCUGAGAUGGUGCUGGAGACACUUAUGAUGGAGCUAACGGGGCAGAUGCGAGAGGCUGAGAGGCAGCAGCGGGAGCGCAGCACUGCAGUCAGGAAGGUCUGCACCGGUGUGGACUACAGCUGGCUGGCCAGCACACCCCGGCCCACCUAUGACCUCAGCCCCAGUGAGCGGCUGCAGCUGGAGGAUGUCUGCGUUAAGAUCCACCCAUCCUAUUGUGGGCCUGCCAUCCUCAGGUUCCGGCAGCUGCUGGCGGAGCAGGAGCCCGAGGUGCAGGAGGUGUCCCAGAUUUUCCGCUCGGUGCUGCAGGAGGUCCUGGAGAGGAUGAAGCAGGAAGAGGAGGCCCACAAGCUGACGCGCCAGUGGAGCCUGCGGCCCCGCGGCAGCCUGGCCACCUUCAAGACCCGCGCGCGCAUCUCCCCCUUCGCCAGCGACAUCAGGACCAUCUCCGAGGACGUGGAGCGGGACGUGCCGCCGCCACUGCGGUCCUGGAGCAUGCCCGAAUUCCGGGCGCCCAAAGCCAACUGACCGCGGCCGCUCCCCUGUCCCGGAGCGGAGCCGUCUGCAGGGGGAAUGAUAGGCCGGUGACCUGAGCGCCGGGCCCUGGAACCUCCUCACCUAGCCCUGAAGAGGAGACCCAGGAGGCGGCCGCAUCCCAAGACGCUGCUGUAAAAUGAAGCUCCAUCUUCCUCCUCUGGCCACAAACCCGAGUUAGAUCGUAGAGCGGCACCGCCCUCGCCCUCUCCUGCGCGAGUCUGCGGGAGCAGCCCCUUCCCUAACUGGCAGAUUCAAGGUUUUGAAAGACCAUUGCCCCAUCCUCAUCUCCUGCUUCUGUCUAAAAGGGGACAGUUGCCCUACCUUUUUGCAAGACUUAGAUUCUCACCCCAAUUUCAGGGAUGUCCCAUUCACUCCCUACCCCCAUCCCCAAUGCUAAGGGACCUGUUGGAUGGUAUCCAUUCUUGCUAGUGACUGGCUGAGCACACCACUGCAGACAGGUCACAGCCUUAUGGGCAGGCACAGCUGGAAAGGGACCAGAGAGACAAUUAGAUCCACUCUUUUCAGCUAGUAAAUGUGGAACUUGAGGCUCAGAGAGGGACACUUGUUUUGCCUUU